AUGCCUAUUUCUUAUGCCAAUAAUGUCACUGCUACCAUUCAUGAAUUCAUUCUGUUGGGUUUCCUGUGUAGUCAAGAAAUAGAAAUUCUCCUUUUUAUUGUGUUCUCCAUCAUCUACAUCAUGACCUUGCUGGGCAAUGGAGCUAUUAUCUGUGUUGUGUGGUGGGACCAGAAAGUCCAUACUCCCAUGUAUAUCUUAUUGGUCAACUUCUGUUUCCUGGAGAUCUGCUACAUCAGUUCCAAAGUGCCCAACAUGUUGCUCAACUUCCUCUCCAAGACCAAAACCAUCUCCUAUAAUGGCUGUAUCCUCCAGUUCUACAUUUUCCUCUCUCUUUGUGCCACAGAGCUAUUCUUUCUGAGCCUCAUGGCAUUUGAUAGUUCAAAUAUGAUUGAUCACUACCUGUGUGAUCUGGGGGCAAUGCUGGCCAUCUCAUGUGUUCCUGUUCCCAAAAUAACUUUGACUUGUAGCAUUUUCAGUGUUGUGAUCCUGUUCAUCACUUUGAUCUUCAUCCUUUUGUCCUACACUCUGGUCCUUCGAACUGUGCUUCAGCUUCCCAAAGGUUCAGGUAGCAAGAAGGCCUUUUCCACUUGUGCUUCCCACCUGGUUGUGGUGUCCCUAUUUUAUGGCUCAAUCAUUGUGAUGUAUGUAACCCCAGGGGCAGCCAACCAGCCUGGGAUGCAGAAGUUCGUGACCAUGUUCUAUUCAAUUGCUACUCCACUUUUAAACCCUCUGAUCUACAGCCCCCGGAAUAAAGAGAUGAAACUUGCCCUGAGGAAAGUUCUAUGUAAAAUUUAA